GUUCAGGCGACACCACAUCCGACUGCUGACAGCCAACUAGAGGCCAGACCAUGUGACCCACAGGUGAACCUGGAUGCACUCCUCAGAGAGGAAGAAGAGCAGCGCGUUUUGCGCCUUCACCAGGGUCUCACUGAACUGUUGCAGACCAAGCCGUAUGGUGCAGACCUCCUGCAGAUAGUGAGGGACCGCAACUGGCACAGAUUGGUGGACCUUCGACUUGCUUGUGAGGCCUCUCAGCUUUGCCGUGGAUUUGCCAUGAACUCUCCAUGCAGAUACUGCUCAAAGAGCUUCAGACAGGACCAGUGGCAUCACCGCCGCAAGAAGCCCUUCGAUGUGAGGCUAAGAAUGACGCUCCACUGUGCCCAAUGCGGAGCUGCCUACACCAGGUCCAAUGACUUGAUGCUGCACCUGCAGACAGCCCACUCAGUCAUGUGGAACAAGGUCUUUCUCCCAUGGCCGCCUGACCGAGGCCUAUUUGCGCGAGCACUGUGUCCUAUGUGGUGGUGUUUUUCACCCGGCAUUGCUGCGGGAUCACAUCCUUCAGGCACUGCUGAGACGGAGAAAUGUGAAGACAAUGCAGGUCACUGUAAGGCGCUCCUGACGACAUGGCCAGUCACCACUCCCAGCCCGGUCAAUUUUUUGGCCACAGAUGAUGCACAGGUUCCACAGAGGAUCUGGGAAGAGCCUGCCUGGUUCAAGCGCAAUGUCACCUGUUUCUGGUUUUGCGACUGUGAUGUUUUGGACCUCUUCCGUGUACCCAAUCAGGGUGAGCCGAUGUCCAAUGAUGCACUGUCGAACUUGCCAUGCCCAUCCACUGUGGAGCCCACCACACUGCUCAGUAUGUUCCGAGCUGAAGACUGA